CAAGCUGAAGAAGAUCUUCUCUAGCCAGAGAAUUCAGCAACUGUAUGAAAGGGGAAAAGCCUCUGGAUUCUCUGGAUUCAUUUUUGAAAACUUGCAUACAAUUAGAUGAAUCUGACACAAAUAAUUCAGGGGUAAAUCCAUCAGAUCUGGCAAGCGAAUUUGCCAGAAAAAAAUUUUUAGAUGUUGAGAAAAUUAAUCUUACAGACUUAGUGAACUUUAAGAUGGUUGGACAGACCAUCAUCCAGGCGAUCAAAAAAGGAAAAAGUUGGACCAAAAGACAGGAUUCGUCAGAGACAAAGAGCGACCCUGUUAAUGAAAAAACCCAAAGUGGAGCGACUACUUCCAACACCAAUGGAGCUGAUCGUAAAAAACAGAAAGACACUAGCACCGUAGCUCCCAAAAGCAACCCAAGCAAGGACCAAGACAACUUAAAAAACAGUUCAGAGUUCAUGAACUUUAUGUUACUGUGUGUGGCCUGUGAUUGUUUCGAAGAGGUCCAAGAUCACAGAGACUAUCUCCUUUCAGAGUUUCCUUACGAGACAAACCCAUGGCUAAGCCUGGUGCUGAUCUCUGCCAUAGAACACGACCAGAUCCACACAGUUCAAUUCAUCCUUCAGAACAUGUCCGUCAAGCUGAAGAAGAUCUUCUCUAGCCAGAGAAUUCAGCAACUGUAUGAAAGGAGCUCUCCAGAAAGGGACAAUGCUACUGUUGUCACAGCUUUUCCAGACCGGGUUUUCCGAAUGCUCAUUAAAUUGCUUGGACCUAUCGGUUAUAUCAAAAGACUGGAAGUAGCAGACUCAACAAACUCGGUCAACAAAAACAAAGAUGCAGUACAGGAUUUAUUUAUUUGGAGCAUUCUCAGAAACAAGUUGGAUCUCUCUCUGUUGAUGUGGGAAAAAUUGGAUCAUCCAAUCGCUGCUGCCCUUUUUGCUUAUGGGGCUUUGAAACAAAUGAGUUUGAAAUCUGUGGACAGACGGGAAAAGGAGGCACUGAGGAUAAGUGAUACAAUAUAUGCCAAUUUGGCUAUUGAACUGAUCAAUAAGUGUUACAACACAGAUGAAGAACAGACCUUUGACCUUCUGCGUCAAAAAGUGUUAACAUGGGGAAAUCACAGCUGCAUACAGAUUGCCAUAGCAACUGACAACAAGCGUUUUUUGUAUCAACCACCUUGUCAGGCGCUAUGUCACAGACUGUGGUGGUGGGGACACCAGGCAGAUAGUCAAGACAGACGGCACGCCAUACUCACAGAAGUAGGUCCGGAAAAGCCUGUUGUUAAAUUAGAGCCAUCCCAUUCCAACACAAAGUGGCCGAAUGUCAAAGUAUCUCGCGAGAAGACCAAGCAAGUUAGACGUUCUGAGACCUGGAGAGACGAGAGCUGCACUGAUAUGAUCAAAUACCUGCUGUCCCCUGUGGUCAUCUUCUGGUUCAAUACGAUUGGGCUUGUCAUUUUUCUGUUGGUUUACGCUCUGCUGUUGACCUGUAAAAUGGAAGCAGGAACAUUUCACUGGAUGGAGUGGAUCAUUUGGUCCUGGAUUGUCAUGUACACCCUAGAAGGUUUCCUUAUGUUUGGUAGAGUGAUAUCAAAGACCCUUACUCAAAAGAAGUAUUCCAGCAAAAGCUCUACUAAAUGCAGGGCCUUGUUUUCGGUCUUCUUGAGUACGGACAGCUUCAAAUUUAUUGACUUCUUCUCUCUGGUCUGUUUCUACCUCGCCUGGUUCCUUCGUUAUGCCGCCUACAAGGCGGACUCCGACCAGCAGCUCCAAAUGCAGACAGCAUACAUCGUGUUCAGCAUAGACUACAUUCUUUUUUCUCUAUUGAUAUUUAAAUUUUUCUACGCCAACAAAUUUUUGGGACCACUCCUAGUCAUGAUUAAAAAAAUGCUGUUCACGAUGAUCAAAUUUCUGAUCAUCCUGUUUGUCAUAUUUACCGCCUUCGCUGUUGCCUCUGAAGCUGUACUCUACCCAGGCACACAGUUCAGACCUUCCUAUGCAUACUGGGUGUUCCGGAAAGCUUACUGGAGUAUGUUUGGGAAUUUUUUCCUGGAGGAAAUAGAAGCAAAAGAAACGGCUGGUGAUUGUACGUCUGACCCGACCAAAUAUCUGGACUACAAUUACCUUAGAUGUGCUACAAACAUUGGCAGAUACUACGUGCCUGUACUGAUGGGCGUUUAUGUCAUGAUCACCAACAUCUUGAUCUUCAACUUAUUGAUUGCCAAGUUUAACUCCACCAUUCAGAAAGUUGAAAGCAGAGCAGAAAUAUUUUGGCAGCUUCAGAGUUAUGAGCUAACGGAUGAAUAUUCUAGAAAAAUAUUCCUGCCUCCACCUUUCUUCAUGAUCACAAUACUCAUUAUCAUCAGCAGGAAAUGGAAUGAAAAUAUAUUUACCAAGGCCUUUGAAAAAAAAGUUCUUAAACGACUCAGCAGGUUGGAACGUCUGGCGCUAGACGAAAGUGAAACUAUCAUGAGAAGAAAUAACCCGGAAAGAUUUCCUGAAACGAAAAAUAAGAUCACACAUAUAAAAGAAGAGGACUGCAAGAAAAUGUAGCUGUAAAUUACAAUAUCUGUGUUUUGUAAAGUAAUGAAGCAAAAAAUACCAACAUCACCAUCACUAAUUGUAAUUUAAAAAUUUAUAUUUGAUAAAAAUGUAAUCAAGUAUUUAUCUACUUCUAUAUAUCUUUUCAAAUGUGCCUUCCAUGAUAUAUUUGUUAAUAUGUUGUUAAUUUAUUAAGCUGUUCCUGUGAUAUGUUUAUUUAUUCUACAAUAAUGUUAUGUCUUGUUACAAUACCUCUAUUCAAGUUGCACAUUCGGCAUGGGUUAAAACCAUCAUGGUGGACACAGUUCUCGAAAACUGCUCUAACGAUUUUCCUCGAAAUUUGAUAGUUCAUGUUUAUUGUUCGGAAAAGAAUUACUAGCUAGUUGGCCACACUGUGGAAACUCGUGUAAAAAGAAAUUAAUUAAUAUUGGGCUCAUCUUUCCCUGACUUUCGUCGUAGGGUGCGAUGUGAUAGUUCGUGGAACCAAAUCCCGAGUCAGCAGCUGUUCUUAGUAGGAAAUGAAGAGCUCCUCAUGUAGGUUCAAAAUUAAUUUUAAGUUCAGGAACAUUUGUCGCACAGUCUAUUUAGUCUAUAUCUAAGGGCCAAUCAUUUGAAUAUUAUAAAGUGGGGGGCUGGGAAGGAGGCGAGAUAAAAAUUUUUCCUUUUUUUAAAAUUUCACAUUCAUUAGUUAUGAAGAAGGAAACUUGAAGAAGCAACACUACAUAAAACAUUAAACCAUAGUUUACAAAAAGAAAUCAAAAACCUAAUAAAAUAGAGGCAUAUUUCUUACACCAUAAGCUAGGACAAAUUCUUACAAGUGCUCCUUCCCUAGUGUCAUUGAAGAAUGGAUGGAUUUGCCUGAAUCAGCCAGGAAAACCAAUGACUUAGCAGAGUUUAGGUCACUAAUUAACAUGCAUGACUAGAUUGACAAAUGUAAUGCGUAGGACGUAAUUGUCUUGUUUUGAAGUAAUGUCUCUAAUCUAUUAAACAAGAUUUAUUAACUCAUAUUUGUGGGUGAAGUGUGGAUGUGGGGGGAUUGAGUAAAAUACUAAAAAUGUUUCAUUUUGUUUUUAAAAUCUAUCAUUCAUUCCUUAUUAAGAGUAAAGUAAUCGCUUUAUAAGAUGCAUAAAGGAAGUAUUAAACAAAAAGUAUUUUUAAAAUAUUUUUCUUGUUUUUCCAUUAAAUCUGCUAUGUCUUUUUAAAAAAUAUGUUUUUGAAUGUAAGGUAAUAUUUAUUACAAGUAGUUAAUUAACAUGAAAUAGAUUGUGAUUGUUAUUAUGAAGUACAUAUGUAACAUGUAAAAUAAAUAAGCUCAUCAUCCUUGAUUCAACAUCACUUCUUUUAUGAAGUAACGUCUGUAUUUAAUCAGAAGAUGAGAUUUUAAAACAAUGUAUCAAACGCUAGCCACAAAUUUCUUGAUUUUGUUUCUAUUUAUUUGCAAUAAAAUUGUGUUUCAAUGCUCA